CAUUCCUGAUGGUUGCUGCCGACAAGACACUCCAUCGUUCAAAGAAGGACAUGGCGCUGCCGCGGUUUUCGUCCACGCUCAUCGGCGCUCCAACCUCCACCUCCUUCUUCCGCUCAGUCCACCCAAUCGCUCAUCCAUCGCUUCCUCACCUCUCUAAUCGCGUUCUCGUCGCCCCCCUCGUUGUCCACAACCCCUCUCUCCCCAUCACCACCGAAGCUCCCAAGACUACUCGGUGGAAACCCUUGUGCCUCUACCACACACAUGGUAAGUGCACUCAGGUGAAUGAUCCUUUGCACCUUGAGAAGUUCAAUCACAACUAUCAAAUUGACCUCCAAGUGAAUGCAACUGAACUUGAUAAUCUGAGGCCUCAGAAUUUUGAUUACUUUUUAGUCCUUGAUUUGGAGGGCAAAGUUGAGAUUCUUGAAUUUCCUGUCGUGAUGAUUAAUGCUAAGAAUAUGGAGUUCAUUGAUCUAUUUCACAGGUUUGUGAGGCCAGUUGGAAUGAGCGAAAAAAGGAUCAGUGAAUAUAUUGAGGGCAAGUAUGGAAAAAUGGGACUUGAACGAGUUUGGCAUGAUACAGCUACCCCAUUUAAGGAUGUGCUUCAAGAGUUCCAAAUAUGGAUGGAAAAACAUUCAAUAUUAGAAAAGGAGUCAGGAGGCCCACUUCAUCGAGCAGCAUUUAUAACUUGUGGGAAUUGGGAUUUGAAGACAAAAAUUCCAGAACAGUUGAAAGUUUCAAAAAUAAAACCACCCGCGUACUUCAUGGAGUGGAUAAAUUUGAAGGACAUAUACCUCAACUUUUAUAAUCGGAGAGCGACGGGCAUGAUGACAAUGAUGAGAGAACUCAAUAUCCCUUUACUAGGAAGUCACCACCUUGGAAUUGAUGACACCAAGAAUAUAGUACGUGUUCUUCAACAUAUGCUUGCUGAUGGUGCUGUCUUGCAGAUCACUGCAAAGAGAAGUUCCUCAGUGACUGGAGAUGUGAAGUUUCUUUUCAAAAACAGGAUCAGAUGAUAGAAUUGGUACUGGUUAAUACUUCGCUUAAGUAUCAUGUUUGAAGAAGAGUUCCAUUGUGGAUUUGAAGAGUGUGCUUAGAUGACUGUUUAGAAUGAGGGAAAAUGGAGAAGGAUAGGAAAGGCAACUGAAGGAAAACACAUUAUGAUAGAUCUCACUUGAAAAAAAAGAGAAAAAAAAUAAUUCUGGAAAUGAUGAACUUGUUAUGGACCAUUGAUGAACUAAUCCCUUAGUCCAGCUCUACCAUAAGAUGAAGCACAAAUUCAUGCUGCUGUUUUACUGACAGAGGGAGGAGCAACAGUGAAGAAAACGACAAAGAAGCACUGAAAUCACAUGAUAAGAGUUUGAGGGGGCAUUAAUUAAGAAGAGGAGGCCAAGAUGGAUAUGGAUUACAUGAUCGGAACAAAGCUUGACGUAUACGUGUUCGUCAAGACUCGGGUGAAUUAGAUCCAAGCUGAAGCAAAACUGAAACCUAGAUAUUGCCCAUUUUUUAAAAUUUCAAAUUAAAUUUUCUUCUGUUUUUUUUUAUUUCAAAAAUUUAAAUCCCUUUUCACCCAAAAAUAUCAAAGUAAUCCAUCUACGCUGUAUAAAAUACACAUGCAAUUGGUUAUUAGUUAUUACUUGCUAUUUUCUGUAAUAGCAUCACACAUCUUCUCCAUAA